UUGCUGGGACACCCCACGGCAUACAAGCUUAUGGAGCAGCCCCCUUUGAAGAUCUCCAGGUGGACUUCACAGAGAUGCCAAAGUGUGGAGGUAACAAGUAUUUACUAGUUCUUGUGUGUACCUACUCUGGGUGGGUGGAGGCUUAUCCAAUACGAACUGAGAAAGCUCGUGAAGUAACCCGUGUACUUCUUCGAGAUCUUAUUCCUAGAUUUGGACUGCCCUUAUGGAUCGGCUCAGAUAACAGGCCGGCGUUUGUGGCUGACUUGGUACAGAAGACGGCAAAGGUAUUGGGGAUCACAUGGAAACUGCAUGCUGCCUACCGGCCUCAGAGUUCCGGAAAGGUGGAGCGGAUGAAUCGGACUAUCAAAAAUAGUUUAGGGAAAGUAUGUCAGGAAACAGGAUUAAAAUGGAUACAGGCUCUCCCUAUGGUAUUAUUUAAAAUUAGAUGUACCCCUUCUAAAAGAACAGGAUAUUCCUCUUAUGAAAUAUUAUAUCAUAGGCCCCCUCCUACAUUGCAGGGACUUCCAGGCACUCCCCGAGAGUUAGGUGAAAUUGAGUUACAGCAACAGCUACAGGCUUUAGGAAAAAUUACACAAACAAUCUCAGCUUGGGUAAAUGAGAGAUGCCCUGUUAGCUUAUUCUCCCCAGUUCACCCUUUCUCCCCAGGUGAUCGAGUGUGGAUCAAGGACUGGAAUGUAGCCUCUUUGUGUCCACGGUGGAAAGGACCCCAGACUGUCGUCCUGACCACUCCCACCGCUGCGAAGGUAGAGGGAAUCCCAGCCUGGAUCCACCACAGCCGUGUAAAACCUGCAGCGCCUGAAACCUGGGAGGCAAGACCAAGCCCAGACAACCCUUGCAGAGUGACCCUGAAGAAGACGACAAGCCCUGCUCCAGUCACACCCGGAAGCUGACGGGUCCACGCACGGCCGAAGCAUGAGGAAGCUUAUCGUGGGAUUCAUUUUUCUUAAAUUUUGGACUUAUACGGUAAGGGCUUCAACUGACCUUACUCAAACUGGGGACUGUUCCUAGUAUAUUCUUUUUUUU